AAUUUUAUUAAAAAAAAGUUUUGCUUUAGCAUUUCAAAAGCAAAAGACUGGUUUCCUGUAAAACACAAACGUCUCACCUCACUUUUUUUUUUUCUGAGUUGUGGUUCCCUAUUAAAGAGGACGAACAUCCUUCACAGUGACUAUUUGAUCUGCAGACAGCGAAGGAGCAGAACAACUCGACAUGCUGUGCAACUUCAGCAGCCCGGUGCUGGUCAGGGCGCUGCCUCCUGUGCUGAUGAUGGAGUUCCUCUUGGGCCUCUUUGGAAACGGGCUGGCUCUGUUCAUCUUCUGCUUCCACCUGAGGCCGUGGAAGAGCAGCACGGUGCUCCUCUUCAACCUGGCCGUGACUGACUUCAUGCUCACCCUGGGCCUGCCGCUCCGUGCCAUCUACUACCUGUUGGGGAUCCGGUGGACGUUCAGCGGCGGGCUCUGUAAGCUCUGCCUCUUCAUGCUGGCCAUGAAUCGCAGCGGGAGCACCUUUUUCUUGAUGGCCAUUGCCGUGGACAGGUACAUGCGAGUGGUGCACCCCCAUCACCCUGUCAACUCUCUGAGUGUAACUAAAGCCACGCUGGGAGCGCUCGGACUGUGGCUGGUCACCAUCUCCAUGACGGUUCACGUCUUCACUCUGCAGCACGUCAACACGACCUACUGUGAGAGCUUCAUGGUUGACACGGAGUCCAGAGGCAACCUGUCCUGGCACAAGUUCACGUUCCUCUUCUCCUUUUACAUGCCCCUGCUCGUGAUCCUCUACUGCACGUUCCACAUCACUGGCCACCUGAGGAAGAGGCAGCUGGCCCAGCAGGCCAAGUUCAAGAAGGCUUUGUACUUCAUCAUCGUGGUGGUGGUGCUCUUCAUCGUCUGCUUCCUCCCGAGCAACAUAACCCUGCUGUUCGUCUGGUUCAAGAUGCUCAGCUUCAAGGACUGCGCCUCUAUGGAGCACAUCACCGUCGUGUUCUACGUCACCAUCAGUCUGACGUAUCUCAACAGCGUGCUGGACCCGCUGGUUUACUACUUCUCCAGCCCGGCCUUUAAGAACAUCUGCAGGAAAGCUUUGCAUUUGCCUCAAGAAGAGACGGUGGAGAGCACAGAGAGGAAAACCCGAGAAACACCAACCCAUUCCAUCAGCCAGCUGUGAUCGCAAGGAGACAGGAAGUUUCACUGCUAAAAGUCUGAUCAAAAAGGAGUUUAGUUUGGUGACAUAUUUUUUUGUGUGUGACGCAUCAUUUUUCUUUGAAAGUCUUGCUAAAACUGGCUUACAUGAACUCACUUUUGGUGUUUAAACUAGGAGCACAGGCGCCCUUUAACUUGUUCUCAUAUGAAUGCACUUUCUAAAUGGUUCUUUUAUACAUGUGGUGGUGCUGUUUGUGCAUGAUUUCCUUUAGUUUUAUGUUGUAUUAACAAAUAAAAACAGUAGAUUUUUUUUUUACUUUUCAUCCACAGAAUAUAAGUCAGAGUUGUGACCCCGACUGACUGGUUGAUAAAAUAAACAUGUUUAAGAUCAUCAUAAACAAUUGUCUUUUUUAAAAAUAAUUUUAGGUCAUGGUUCACCAUUAUUGAAGAUUUAAACAUUUGCUUCCUAUUAGAAUAAACAUAAGACUCCAACACUAUAAUCAGAAAGCAAUCAGAAAACGAUCUAAAAAGGUAAUGAAAGUGUUACCUAGUCAUUAUCUUAUUAUUAAAAUCAAAACUUGCAUGAUGCCAAUUCAUACUUUAUUAAC